AUGGCAAACAGGAGGACGUGGGACACAGACCACUUCUGCGCUGCGGACAUUAGCCCGACGUUUCCAGGAUUUGUGCGCAGAUCCAAGCUUACAUCACGGCGGUACCUCGUCGACGACUGCCUCACAAUCAGGUGCGUCGUCACCCUCGUCAAUCCUCGCACGGAGCGCACGACGGCCGGCCCGGCAGCCGCCGCUCCGCUGCCGGAGAUGCUCGGCCACCUCGAGCGCAUGCUCAGAGACGGCAAGGGCGCAGACGUGACAAUCGACGUCGCCGGCCGAGCGUUCCGCGUGCACCGGUGCAUGCUCGCCGCGCGCUCGCCGGUUUUCGACGCCGAGCUCUUUGGCCCGAUGAAGGGCAAGGGCACGGAGCACAUUGAGGUACCCGACAUGGAGCCGGCGGUCUUCGAGAUGCUCCUGCACUUCAUCUACACGGACUCGCUGCCGGGCGACGGCGAGGACUGCGGCGUCGCGAUGACGCAGCACCUGCUGGUUGCCGCGGAUCGGUACGGGGUGGACAAGCUGAAGCAGGCGUGCGACGUGAAGCUGCGCAGAAGCUUGGACGUGCGGACCGUGGCGACCACGUUGGCGCUGGCGGAGCAGCACCAGUGCCCGCUGCUGAGGGACGCCACUACAACACGAGUCACAUUAGAAGGCGUUUUAAAAUGCCUCCCAAAGUCUCCUUCUUCUAUGCACCGGUGCAUGCUCGCCGCGCGCUCGCCGGUUUUCGACGCCGAGCUCUUUGGCCCGAUGAAGGGCAAGGGCACGGAGCACAUUGAGGUACCCGACAUGGAGCCGGCGGUCUUCGAGAUGCUCCUGCGCUUCAUCUACACGGACUCGCUGCCGGGCGACGGCGAGGACUGCGGCGUCGCGAUGACGCAGCACCUGCUGGUUGCCGCGGAUCGGUACGGGGUGGACAAGCUGAAGCAGGCGUGCGACGUGAAGCUGCGCAGAAGCUUGGACGUGCGGACCGUGGCGACCACGUUGGUGCUGGCGGAGCAGCACUAG